UUUAAUUUUAAUUUCACAUGGGUAUUGGGUUAGCCGGUUUGACUCAGCUGGAGUUUUGUCUGAAUUCAAUUCCCAUUUUCUCUCUGCAAUCUUACAAAAGAGUAAAAGAAAGGAAGGAGCAGAGAGAAACAGGGAGAGAUAGAGAUGGGUCAUCAUCUUCUUCACAUGAAACUCACAACAAUCUCUUCCUCUGCUUCUUUCAGAUCUUCUAAUUCUCUGUUUCCAUGUAAUCGUCAUCAAAUUCCCACCAAUUCUUUUCACUUGCCUUCUCAUUCGAAAUCCUCAGGCCAUAAAAUCUCUUGGGUACAAAAACUGCCCAGAAUUGCUACUGCUACUAUCAAAUGCUCUGCUAAUAUUGAAAAUAGCUCUACAGAUGUGAAAGAGAAGAGUGUUUCGGUCAUUCUGUUGGCUGGAGGGAAAGGCAAAAGAAUGGGUGCAAGCAUGCCAAAGCAAUAUCUGCCCCUGUUAGGCCAGCCAAUUGCUUUAUACAGUUUCUACACAUUCUCAAAAAUGACUGAAGUGAAAGAAAUCGUUGUAGUCUGCGAUCCAUCCUACCGAGAUAUUUUUGAAGAUGCCAAAGAAAAUAUCAAUGUGAACCUCAAAUUUGCACUGCCUGGGAAGGAAAGACAAGAUUCUGUAUAUAAUGGCCUUCAGGAAGUUGAUUUGAAAUCUGAGCUUGUUUGCGUCCAUGACUCAGCCAGACCUCUAGUGUCAUCUGCAGAAGUUAAAAAGGUACUCAAAGAUGCUUGGAUAAAUGGAGCAGCAGUGCUUGGCGUUCCUGCAAAAGCAACAAUUAAGGAGGCAAACAGUGAAUCUUUUGUAGUGAGAACUCUUGACCGCAAAACACUUUGGGAAAUGCAAACCCCACAGGUGAUUAAGCCUGAUUUGCUUAAAAAGGGCUUUGAGCUUGUGAACAGAGGUGGUCUUGAAGUCACUGAUGAUGUCUCUAUCGUGGAGCACCUUAAACAUCCCGUAUACAUCACCGAAGGAUGUUACACGAACAUCAAGGUCACAACUCCGGAUGAUUUGUUACUUGCAGAGAGAAUUUUGAACUUGAAUUCUGGAGAAUCUUCAAAAUAGGUUUUUUUUUUUUUUUUU